AUGGGUGAUCACGGCAAUAUGGAUGACCUCACUGCUGCAUUGGCACUCAUUCAACAACAAAUGCAGAAUCAGCAACAGCAGAUGCAGCAGAUGCAGCAAACCAUCCAAAAUCAGCAACAAGCUGCUCGGGAACAAGUAGCCGAGAACGCCGCGCGAGAGGAGCGUGGUGCUCUUAUUUGGGAGCGAAACCUUCCGCGGAACUUCGCUACAAACCGCUCUCCCAUUAACCCUCCACCCUGUACUCGACAAGAUUAUGAGAUCAAACCUGCACUGAUAGGUCUAGUACAGAAGAGCACGUUCAGCGGCCUCACUUCAGACAUACCAAUGGACCACAUAGAGGCCUUUGAGAGGAUUUGCAAUUUUUCUCGCUCUAAUGGAGUGCCACCGGAUUAUGUCAAAUGCACGCUGUUCCCAUUCUCUCUCGAAGGGAAAGCUUCUCGUUGGCUGCAAUCUCUCCCAACCGGUUCUCUAACCUCAUGGGACCAGGUUCAAUCAUCAUUCCUGAGCCACUUCUACACCAAGUCCAAAACUGCGGCUCUGAGGCAUAGAAUCUCCAACUUCAAGCAGAAAUCUGAUGAACCUUUUCAUGAAGCUUGGGAAAGGUACAAAGAGUACCAGAGAGAGUGCCCACACCAUGGGUUUGAUGACGAUUACAUAUUGGAGGUGUUCUACGAUGGAAUGAGCUAUGAGUUCCGGAACACCCUUGAUUCCUCUAGUAACGGAGACUUCAUGACUCAAACCACACCUGGUGCGUUCGCGCUGAUUGAGAACAUGGCUUCGAGUUCACUCAAUAAGAACAAGGAGCAUGAUCGCUCCAAAAGUGUGAACAGUAUAGAUGACCUAGCGGCAAAGGUGGACCAACUGCUUAAGGGAAACCAGAGCCAGGUUUUCAUAAUGGAAGAAGCAACUCCUGAGAAGAGUGCAGGCGACAAGGCGUUUGAAGCUGAACAAGCAGGAGACGAUCAGCAGGAAGACAAACCAGUUGAUCCGGCGCAGAGCAACCAAGGUCAGUAUGCGAGGUAUCAGAAGAACUAUCAACCCCGAACCUAUGUUCUAAGCCAAUCACAGAACAAUCAACCUCAGAUGCAGAACCACCAAAACAACCAGGUCGCUACUUCCACCCCUGUCGCUGUUCCGCAAGAUGAAACUAAAACCAUGUUGCAGCAACUCCUCCAAGGACAACAGCUCCAAGGGAAAGCUCUGAACCAGGUCACUACCGAGAUCAAUACCAGAAUGAACCACAUGUUCGGAGAUUUGAGCACCAAGUACGAUAAUGUCGCAAGCCAUAUGAGACAGAUGGACAUUCAGAUAGCUCAAACUGCUGAGAGUGUCAAGAGGCAGCAAGGUACUCUACCUGGUAAAACAGACAAAAACCCCAAGGUGUGCAAUGCGGUUCAGCUAAGGAGCGGGCCAGAACAACCAGCUGAAGCGGUGCGCCCGAUCCCAGAGGCUGUUCCUCCUCGCGAAUACAUUCCUAAGGUCCCUUACCCUGUUCCAGCAAGGGCCACUCGUAAGGACAAAGAGGAAAUGAAGUGCAGGAAGAUGCUGGAGGACCUAACCGUCCGACUCCCCUUGAUGGAUGCAAUCCAGAUGAUGCCCUCCAUGCGCAGCUUUAUGAAGGGAUUGAUCUCAGAUAAAAUAUCAGAGGAGAGCGAGUUCAUGACGGUUUCCAAGGAGUGCAGCGCAGUGCUUCAGAACAGGCAGAUAAAGAAGCGAGGAGACCCCGGCAAAUUUGUCCUCUCUAUCCAGAUUGGGAAGACAGUUUUUGCAUGCUCCUUGGUUGACCUUGGGUCCAGCGUGAAUCUCAUGCCUUACUCUGUGGCUCGACGUCUAGGAUACACGCAUUUCAAACCAACUAAGAUGUCAUUGGUAUUCGCAGAUAGAUCAGUCAAAUCCCCGGUUGGUAUUCUAGAGGAUCUCCAAGUAAAGGUCGAGAACACCUCUGUUCCAGCAGACUUCGUUGUUCUAGAACUGGAAGAAGAGUCUAAAGAUCCUCUCAUCUUGGGAAGACCAUUCUUAUGUACUGUUGGAGCCAUCAUUGAUGUGCGACAGGGGAAGAUUGAUUUGAAUCUUUGA